AUGGCCUGCAACAGCCCUGGAGAAAGGAGGCAUCUGGGAGCAGACGGAGCAGGUGAUCUAACUGUAGAGAGAGAGGAUUUACCAGUGACGUUUGAUACUCUCCUGCACAUUCAACAGCUCCGGAAAAAGACACUGAGAUCCUUUUGUGGUCAAACUGCUAAAAUCACUGAGCUUCCCCAUAACAAGCAGGAAGCUUCCCAGGUGGUGUCUUCAAUCAUGGUGAACAACAAACUUCAGUUACUGUACUGCAGAAUCCCAGCAACUGGGGUGGAAGGCUGGGAGCAGCUGUUGGAGAUGCUGGAGGAGACUGUUACUCCGCAGCUGCCAGUUCCCGUUCGCCAGAACUUUGGCACGCAAAAGAUGCUGAGCCAGUACAACCUGACGUCAAUGGAGGCUCUGCUGAAAUCUUACACGAAAGUGAUCUUUAUCAGGGAGCCUUUCCACAGACUCAUCUCUGCUUACAUGCGGGGACUGGCAGAUGGCCUAACCUUCAAGGAGUUUGUCCAGUACGUCUUAUACCAAGGAUCCAGUAAUGCCAGUAUUGAGUGGAAACCACUGGUCAGCCUGUGCCGGCCGUGCCUCAUCCACUAUGAUUAUAUAAUCAUGUUUGGCUUCCUAGGCAGUGAAGUGCACCAUUUGAUGCAACGGGCUGGGCUUCUAGGGAACAACCAGCUCCCCGAGUUCGUAGACUCCAAAAUCCGUUGGACCUAUGGCUGGCUAGAAGAACAGAUGUUCAGCGAACUCUCUCUUGCACAGAAGAAACAGCUGUGCCGCUUCUUUCGGUUUGACUUUGCCGCAUUUCACUUUCCUAACAGCUUGCUCUGGGACCCUACUUGUAUUACAAGGAGCACAUAG